AUGUUUACUGCAGCAAGGGUGAGCGGAGCAGCGUCGCUGCCUUCGGAGCUGCGCCUCGUGGCUCACAGCUUCGCAGGCGAGAGACCAAUGCCGGACUUGCUCGACCUCGACAGCAUUGGUCCUCCUCCUGGCUUGUCGAGGGACACAGGUGCCAACAAGGAGUCAUGGAGCACCAGCGACGAGGGAGACGAGUGCUUUUGGUGCCGCUGCUGCCACAAUGGACGCAUGAAGCCCGACAAGAAGCAGCGGGAAGCAGUCAAGUCCAUCAGUGAAGCACAGCUUCUCGACUUGCUCUUGGCGCAGCUGUCCAUGCGUGCCCAACAAGCAGGUCGUUUCGACACGCUCUUCCCGGUCUUGCAGGCGAUCCAUUGUCGCUUGUCAUUGUCAUCGAAGGGCAAAUCCGACAUAUCCGGUGCUGUUCUGCGCAACAUGGAGAAGAUGAUGUCAAAGAUGAGCUGCCAGCAGAUGGUCUUCUUUGCGGACAAGAAUCCGAACGUGGACGGAGGCAUCAUGCAGCUGGUAAAGGGUCAGCUGAGAGCCAGAUGCCCUGCCGCACCCCUUGGCUUCUCUGGUUCGUCAGCUCGCAGCGGGCAGUCGCCCAGUCUUGGAAGGCGUAUAGGCACAUGUAGCCUCAUUGCAGAUACUUGUAGAGUCUUCCGUCCGAGCCUGGCAACCGCGCUGAAAGGAACUCAGAUUGAGAGUUGCAUCUGGGCGCUCUUCCGUUGUCACUGCGGCGACUCCGCCACAGCAAUCGAGAGCUUUGACAUAGAGACUCGCGUCCAGAACGGCAGGAACGGGUCCAAAGAGAGGACGGUGCAGAAGGAGUCGGAGAAGAUCAUGCCGAAGCCCAGCGCAGACCAGGAGGCCCACGUCUUGGGUGCUUGGCUUCAGGACGCGAGUGUCCUGGAACUCCUGAACUUCCACCAAGAUGCCAAGAAGAAUGGCAAGGCCAUCAACACCAGCACCAAGAGCCACUUCGACGUACCCCAAAUGAACGCAAAUGGCAAGGGCACUUGA